AUGUCUUUCAAUGGGGAAAACGCCAACAACGUUACAGAGGAGGCUGCUUCGCAGGGAAUGAGCGCACAGCAGAGACAACAACUACUCGAACUGACGACUAAGUUCAAGGCCCUCGUUAAUGAGGCUAAGAGUGUAGGGGAGAACACUCCACGAGGUAAGGAGUUACUUAUGAAGGCUUCUAGAAUCAAAGCUAUCUACGAUAAUUACAAUAGACAGCGGCAACAGGCCGCUCAGGCUUUCAGUCAAGGUCGUAAUGGCAGCAGUGGCGGUGCAACCUCAUCGAGCGGAUCUCCAGGCUCAGCAGCUGGUUCAAAUACUGUCGGAGGCUCCAGCAGCAGCUCUAGCCAGCAGGCCAGGGGAGGCGGCAGCCAGUUGGCCAAUAUUAUCAAACAGGUCUUGACUCCUGAGCAAAACCAACAGCAUGAGGCUCUAUCGCAGAACUUCCAGGAAAGAGCCAAUAAGAUACGAGACAAGCACACAUUUCUCAAGCAGCACAUAGAAAGAUUAAAUCAAGAAGUUAAUAAGCAAACAGACCCUGCGGCGAAGAAGCAACUGGAGGAUAAAAAAGCAGAACUAACUAACAAUCUGAAAAUGCUAAACAUGGAGUACAGUGUUCUACAACAGGAGUUCCAGAACGGCAAGAAGAAGUUCUACGUUGAGUGUGCCAGACACAACCCGGCGCUGCAAAGACUUUUACAGAGAAGCACCCAGCAGCAAAGAAUGGCCCAGCAGCAACAGCCAGGCCAGCCGCCUGCUUCAGGUGCCACUGCUACGCCCGCAACGGAAGGACGUCCAUCGUCGUCAUCGGAGAUGGUCGGUGCCCAGCUUCCAGCUAAAAAUCAGCCAGAAACGCCCUCCAAUGUCACGACUCAAAAAUUGCCACAGCAGCCGCAAUCCAGUUCCCAGCGGCAAUCCUCCACAGCAAGCGGCAGAGCUCCAUCUCAAGUUACCAAUGUCAACGCGGCAGCUUCAUUGUCCUACAACAAUGGGGCAAACAGAUCGGCAAUCUUCAAACAAACCGAUCCCGUAGUGCCUAUCUCGGAGACCGUAACGGCGAAAGCGCCUUCCCCAGUCACUUAUAAGACCAACAGACCCACACUGACCAGCGGAACAGCGAUGAACGCAGCGGCACUGAACACACCAACAAUGACUAAGCUUCCGCCCUACGAGGUAGACACCGAAAGGGUGAUGUCCAAAAGAAAACUAAGAGAACUAGUCAAGACCGUAGGCAUAGAUGAGGGUGAUGGCGAAACUGUCAUUGAUGGGGACGUGGAAAGCCUGCUAUUAGACCUAGCCGAUGAUUUUGUGAGCAACGUCACGAGCUUCGCGUGCCGGUUAGCCAAGCACAGAAAGUCCGACAGCCUAGACACCAGAGACAUACAACUGCAUCUCGAAAGAAACUGGAACAUUAGAAUCCCUGGUUAUUCUGCUGACGAGAUCAGAAGCUCCAGAAAAAGCAAUCCAAAGCCAAGUUACAACCAAAAACUGCAGGCCAUCAAUUCCGACAAAGCUGCUUCCAUGAAAAGCAAUCCUUCGGGCAAGUCUGCUCACUCAAAAUGA